AUGACAAACAAAUUACUCUUCCUCAUGCAUUUGUUGGGCCCGUUGGGCCCAACCUCCUCCUUUUCCUUCAGCCAACCGCCCAAGUGGGCGGUUAUUCCCUCCCUCUCCUUCGGCCAACCGCCCAAGUGGUGGGCGGUUCCUCCUUUGGUAAACAGAAACCGGCCUAGUUUGGGCCGGUGUUGCUAUGGGAUGGACCGGCUGGUCCGGUCCAUCAGAGGGAUUAUUUCCAUGAGAUUUGUUACAGGAUGUUCUCGUGGGCCCCUUCUUGGAUUUAGAUACCUGGAGCCUAAAUUCUGCAUACAAAGAGCUGCUCCUUUACAUGCUGCCGAAGAAGAUCUGGAUCGUUUGCCAACUUCCGCAACCUGCAUGAAUUUGCUGAAGCUCCCUCCAUAUAAAAGCAUAGAGCAAAUGAGAAACAAAUUGAUCUAUGCCAUAAAUGCGGAUGCUGGUUUUGAUCUAAGUUAGUGAGUGGUGUUUAUGAGGAAGGAUUGAAUUUUGACGAUCCCUCCAUGGCUGCGUUGAUGACGGCGUGAUCCUCUGAUUGCUUUGAAGAAUUUGAUGAAGAGAGAAACUCAGUUUUUACAUACAACAGGAUUGAAGGUUAAUAAUAUCAGGGUCCAGCUUCGAAGGUUCCAGCCAUGUAGAAAUUGUAGAAGAGGUUGUGCCUGUAAAUAUUAGCAGUCCUCAGUGUUCACAUAAGCAUACAGUUGUACAUAUUGUACUUUAGGCUGGCCAUUUACAUUUUUUUUUUUAUAAAGAGAUGAACUCACUUAUUAUCAUUGAAUAUGGCAAUCUCAGCAAUGCUCAACUUUGCUGGAUGGUUUCAGUAGAUAUGAUAUUUCAUAAAUGUCAGAGAUUUAGACAAUCUUUCUGCUGAA